CCGAGUUUCAACGACGCGCCCAGUAUUGAUUUUGGAAAGCCUGGCGUAGAAGGGGCUUCUACGAGAAGCCUCCGCCAUCUAUGCUACGCUCGAUGAAUCGGCUCCUCCAUUAACGGUUCUCCGUCGUUGCCGUCUGCACGAUUCCCUAAUGGAACUCUUCGCUUGCGCAUUCUUGUACCCUCCUUUCGUGCCGUCGUAUUCCGAGUCGGACGUCGUUCCUCGUCUCAUCACCGGCUUUGAGUGCUUUUUCCACGUCGUUUUCGCGUGCCUGCGCCAUCGUCUGCGAUCUUCCCCGUCGACGCAGUUUCGUGUCGGUUCUAUCCCCGCCCACGCGAUUUCGUCCUCGUUCGUCUGUCGAUGUAGUUCUGCAGCGGUACCAUUUUUUGCUUUUCCUUCUGCACCGCGACUGGAUCUCCGCAUGCUCUAUGAUUCAGAUCGGUCCAGAGAUCGUAUAGAAUUAACUCGGGACGAUUCCUUCGGAAGGAACGAGGGACCGUUCCUGCGUUCGCCGUGACGACCAGAUAUUGCUAGCGGGCAUAGAUCCUGCGCAGUGAAUGUGCAGGACCGAGCCGGGACUCUCGAUCCGCAUUCUCCCACGUGCCACCUCUGAGAACGCUCUACCAUCCCUCAUUUUACGAGUUCGGGUACAGGAAACGUGCCUGAACACCGGUUUAGGUCUUUUUGUGUUUGCGUUGUGUCUGCCCUCGUGAAGUUCCCUCGAGCGACCGUCCCAUUAAUCGAAGCCGGUCCGAACCGUUUCGACAAUGACAUCGUUCCCGAUUCACGUGCUUUUUUCAUAACGAAGCCGUUAUGAGAUAUCGAUCGGGAGGAGCGGUUUCUCGCCUAUAGUGGAUGACCUCGGCAGCCAUGCCCCCGAGGGGCGAGAGAAGGGCCUUCACUCAGCUUGACCUUAAUCAGGAUUUCCUGUAUCAUCCGUCCCCGACGAGCACCAUCUCGGUGACGACUACGGCAAAAUUUUUGUUCUCUCAAUGCCGUUGCACAUGGGAAAAGACGCAGACGAUGUUGUAUUCCCUCUUCCCCAUCCUCUACUGGCUCCCCCGGUACAAGGUGAAGCAGGAUCUUCUGCCAGACAUCAUCGCCGGAUGCACUGUUGCCAUCAUGCACAUCCCACAAGGGAUGGGAUAUGCCUUGCUGGCCAACGUUCCUCCGGUCCAAGGGAUCUACCUGGCCGUAUUCCCCGUUCUCAUCUAUGUCAUCAUGGGUACUUCAAGGCAUGCAUCCAUGGGAAGCUUCGCUGUCGUGUGCCUAAUGACGGGGAAAGUCGUGGCCCAAUUUCAAGAUGAAUUGAACAAAGUGAAUCCCGUUCCGGGAGAUUCCAAUUUCACGUCCUCGAAGGACGAGGAAUUGAUACAUGCCCAUCAUGCAAUCCAGAUCGCCUCCGCUCUCGCUCUAAGCAUGGGCUUAUUUCAGGUGCUGAUGGGCAUCUUCCAGAUGGGGCGCCUCACAGUAUUUUUAUCGGACACUCUCGUGAGCGCUUUCACGACGGGAGCUGCAGUCCACGUGAUGACGUCCCAGAUGAAGCUCAUCUUUGGCCUUCCUCUCCCCAGGCACUAUGGACUCUCCAUAAUCGUACAAACGUACCGAGAUCUCUUCCCUAUGCUCCCGCAAACAAACGUGGCGGACCUCAUUGCUUCGUUAGUAACGAUGCUGGCAUUGAUAUUGAACAAUGAGCUCAUUAAGCCGUGGCUAGGCAAGAGGUGCCCAGUUCCGCUGCCGAUGGAGUUGAUCUGCGUCGUCGUCGGGACGGGGGUUUCCUACGGGACGAAUCUGACUGCCAAGUACAACGUUUCCACCGUUGGCUACAUCCCACCUGGGCUUCCCAACCCGGUGGUCCCACCCAUGUGGCUGAUGGGGAACAUGGACUUCUUGCUCCAGAGUGCGAUCACUGCCAUCAUGGCCUAUGCCACCGCCUAUUCCAUGGCCAUAUUGUUGGCUCGUAGGGGCGGCUACCAGAUCCUCCCGAAUCAAGAGUUUCUUGCCCAGGGCGCAGGAAACGUGUUUGGAGGGAUGUUCCAAUGUCCGCCGCUUGGGGCGUCUUUGGCGCGAAGUCUCGUCUUGGAAGGAGUCGGUGGGAAGACCCUACUGGCAACCCUUGUCUCCUGUGUUCUUCUCUUCUUCAUAUUGCUCUUCCUUGCCCCUCUCUUCAGCACCUUACCCAAGUCCGUGCUGGCGGGGAUCAUAGUGAUCUCCUUGAAGGGCUUGUUUUCGCAAUUUCGGGACCUGAAGAAGGCCUGGCUAGUGAGCAAAUUGGAAGCAGUCGUCUGGAUGACGACGUUCCUGUCAGUGGUGCUAAUUGACAUCGUUUACGGCUUGGCCAUCGGGGUCGCCGCUUCUCUGACCACCCUCAUCUGGAGGGAUCAACGCGCCUACGCCUGCGUUCUCGGACACAUCCCCAACACCGGCAUCUUCGUCGAUGUCCGUCGGUAUUAUCUCGAGAACAAGAACGGGGAAGAGGCGGUUAAUAUCAGUAGAAACCUAGAGGAGGAGGGGGAGGAGGAAACCGUCUGGCAACUUCCUUUCCGACAUCUCAUCUUUGAUUUCACUGGAGUGAAUUUCGUGGAUGCUUCGGGCAUCGCCGUCCUCACAUUUCUUGUUGCUCAGUAUAAAGACAUCGGUGUUGAUGUCUACAUUGCUGGGGCCAAGGAGCCCCAGAUGGAGAUGUUCCGAAGGACGGCAUUUUUUGACACAGUACCCAUGGCCCAUUUCUUCCCUUCGGUGCAUGACGCAGUCCUCCACUGUACUAGCAUCAUUCAGCUGGAGUUCCCAGAUGGUGGACUCAUGACUGAAUGUAGCAUCUCAGAAUCUGGAUCUGAUUCAUUCCCCCGUCCAAGGAAAUUUGACAUUAUGACGUCCCACGGUGAUUAGCGCACUCCCUUUGCGCAACUUCGACAUUUGAACAAUUUUCAUCUGAACCUUUGACGGAUGUAUUACUUUUGAUUUGACAUCGCGGCAAGACGUAUUUGAAAAUCUUCGACUUCUCAAUUAAACCAAUAAAUAAAAACUUGAAGCC